AUGCCCCCUCAGUGCUCGAACUCACCCUCGAACUCGCCUUUAGAUUCACCCUUGAACCCUCAGCCAAAGAAAGAUGGCAAGGAUGACUGGGAGACGGGCCAGUCUCGGGCGCCAGAACAACGCCUUUGUACUCCGGGGUAUAUAUGCCCAGUUCGCGAGCGCAUGAAACAUUUUACCUGGGCUUGGUUUGCGGUCACAAUUAGCACUGGGGUUCUCGGUCUUCUCUUUAAGAAUACUCCUCACCGUUUUAGGGGACUCGACACUAUUGGCAAGGUCGCAUUCAUCACGGCCGUCGUCAUGUUUGUCCUUUCCAUCGCUACGAUUACCUACCGCUUCGUCAAGACGCCUCGGGGACUGAGAACGAGCCUAGUACAUCCGACAGAAAGUCUGUUCUUUCCGGCGUUUUUGCUGAGCAUUGCUAUUAUCCUCGCUAACUCAGCUAUCUACGGCAUUCCAGCAUGCGGCUCUUGGCUACCUGUAGCCCUUCGAGUGUGCUUCUGGAUCUACGCAGCCUUGGCUCUAUUGUCGGCCGUAAUUCAGUACACUGUGGUGUUCAACGGUGCCAAGCUCUCCAUCAAGUCUAUGAGCCCCCUUUGGACUUUUCCUAUCUUCCCUACGUUGUUGACAGGAGUUUUGGCAUCCACAAUCGCGCCUUCGCAACCACCCUCGCAACGGCUACCCAUUCUCGUUGCAGGAGUUACUUAUCUAGGCCUAGGUUUCAGCGUCGCUUUUGUGCUGUACUCGCUGUACCUAUACCGGCUCACGCAGGAGGGGUUCCCAGCUCCGCCUAUGCGACCGGGCAUGUUCAUCGCUGUCGGCCCCCCGGGAUUCACAGCAACGGGCCUGAUUGGUCUUUCUAGAUCCAUCCCGGCAGACUACGCCUAUUUCGCCAGAAAUCCUGCCGCAGUGGACAUUUUGCAGGUGAUGGCGCUGUGGAUCGGCAUAUGGAUAUGGGCCGUGGCCUUCUGGUUUUUCUCAUUUAGCGCCAUUGCACUCACUAUGGGUAUCCUUGAGCACCGCAUCCGCUUCUCCAUGGCCUGGUGGGCACUCGUUUUCCCCAACACGGCCUUUACUCUUGCUACGAGUCUUAUCGGAGAAGAACUCGAUAGCGAGGGAAUCAAGGGUGUGGCAAGCGCAAUGACAAUCUUGAUUGUUCUUGGGUGGUUCGUGGUGGCGUUUUCACACAUCCGUGCUCUGGUACAUAGUAAGGUUCUAUGGCCCGGCCGAGAUGAGGAUUUCGGACACUAUCACCCUGAUAAAAGUGGAAGCCAUCGAGUAUAG